AUGUGCCGAAUACAGAUGAUCCUAUACUGCCUGUCCACAUGUUUCGGGUGUGAUUUUGGUGUUGUCUUCACUUUGGUUGGAACAGGUGUAAGCCAAUUCUUCUCCAUGCGAUAUCCCAGCAUGGCUAUUACUUCGUUCGUGGCGCAAUUGAUCAGCUACCCCGUCGGAUACUUCUUUGCAAAGGCGUUGCCUAUCAUGAAGGCUAGCGCUAUCAUUCACGCACAGAAAGUAUACUUGAAGAUGGAGACGCUUGUCGGUUAUCAGAUCCUACUAGCUUUGUCGAUGCAAAUGUUCGGUCUCGGGCUUGCUGGGUUGGCCUAG